AUGGCUAACAGGCCGGCAGUAAUCGGGAUCACUGCGCUUGAAUACUGCUGCCUGGAUUUUCACUCAGAUUUGACGUGGGAACUCAGGUGCUAUGAGGAGGACGAGUCGGAGGACGAGUCGGAGGACGAACAGGAUGACGAGCAGGAGGGCGAGUCGGAGGGCGAGUCGGAGGACGAGUCGGAGGACGAGUCGGAGGACGAACAGGAUGACGAACAGGAUGACGAGCAGGAGGGCGAGUCGGAAGACGAGACAAAGGACGAGCUGGAGGUGGAGGCAGCACGGGAAGACUGUGGCGGCGCUUGCGGGAGUGAAAACAGUGACAACUAG